UGGACUUGGGAGACAACUGCAAAAUGAAGCUGAUGACACUGUAAAUGGAAAAAAGUUUGGCACCGGCUAUGGCGGCGGCGGCGGACGGCGAAGUGGAGGUGAUCCACAUGUGGUGCUCGCCGAGGUCAACGAGCACUAGCCUCAUGUACUCAUUUGCUCAGAGAGACGACGUGGAAGUGCUUGAUGAACCCCUCUAUGCAACUUUUUUACGUGUGACAGGAGCUGAAAGGCCUUACAAAGAAGAGCUCCUGUCGAAAGUGGAAUCAGAUGGGAAUAAGGUCAUCAAGGAGAUCAUCCUUGGACCCGGACGCAAGAAGUAUAGAUUCUGCAAGCAUAUGGCUAGUCAGCAUCUGUAUGGUCUAACGGAUGACUUGAUGAAGAAAGGAAAGCACUUUAUAUUGAUGAGAAACCCCUUUGAUGUGUUGAUAUCCUAUGAAAAGGUUGUCCCGCCAUUAUUAAUUGAUCUGGGGUAUGAUCGCAUGGUCUCCAUUUACAGUGAACUGAGUUCCCGAGGAGUAAAACCUCCUGUCAUUGAUUCAGAUUUACUUGGAGAAAAUCCAGAGGCUACUUUACGUGCUCUAUGUGAUGAUCUUGGUAUUCCAUUCCAGGCUGCUAUGCUCAAAGAUGCUUCCAUUAGUUGGAAACUUCUGCCAAUUGAUUUUACGAAAGUAAAUAGCUUAAGUAUGCUAGAUCAGCUAUGGGAACCUGGGCCAAAACCAUUUGAUGGAAUGUGGGCCCCCUAUUGGUAUGAAAGCACACAUAAGUCGACCGGUUUUAAACCACCAAGGAAGUAUCCUUCUCCAUUUCCAUUAACCUUAUAUGAUUUGCUGGAGCAAAGUUUACCCUUCUAUAACUUGCUUAAGGGCUAUGUGAGAUGGAACCCAGCAAAAUCUUUCAAUCCUCCUCUUCCGGUACCUGCCAAUGAGAAGUUGCUUGCUUGGGUUGGUAACGAGAUUGUGCCUCGUGAAAGUGCAAAGGUCUCCGUUCUUGACUCCGUUGUCCAAGGUGGUGAUGCUGUUUGGGAGGGUCUGAGGAUUUAUGACGGGAAGAUAUUCAAACUUGAGGAACAUUUAGACAGGUUGUUUGACUCGGCAAAAGCUCUGGCUUUUAGUAAUGUGCCAACGCGAGACGAGGUGAAGCAAGCUAUUUUCAAAACUCUAAUAAGGAAUGGAAUGUUCAAUAAUGCACAUAUUAGACUGACUCUGACACGUGGAAAGAAGGUGACUUCGGGAAUGAGUCCAGCAUUCAACCUCUAUGGAUGUACUUUGAUCGUGCUUGCUGAAUGGAAGCCGCCAGUCUAUGACAAUGAAAGUGGUAUAAUUUUGGUGACAGCAACCACACGCCGUAAUUCACCUAAUAAUUUGGAUUCGAAAAUUCACCACAACAACCUUCUUAACAACAUUCUUGCCAAGGUAGAAGGGAAUAAUUCACAGGCUGAUGAUGCAAUAAUGCUCGACAAAGAUGGUUAUGUUUCUGAAACUAAUGCCACAAAUAUAUUUCUUGUGAAGAAAGGUCGCGUUGCAACGCCUCAUGCUGAUUAUUGUCUUCCUGGAAUUACACGAGAAACUGUGAUGGGACUUGUGGUCAAGGAAAAAUUUCUUUUGGCCGAGCGGCGUAUUAGUCUGUCAGAGUUCCACACAGCAGACGAGGUCUUCACAACGGGAACCAUGGGAGAGCUCAGUCCAGUUGUAAAAAUUGAUGGUCGCAUAAUUGGUGAUGGUAAAGUGGGUCCCGUGACCCGACAAUUGCAAAAUGCUUAUAAAGAACUCACCGCUGGAUCAGGGGUGCCUAUACCCACCUAUCAACAACCUUGAUAGGAUUACUAAGGUUGGUUUCGAUAGUUCGAUUAUUCUCUAUUCAACAAUGCACGGAGAAUAGUCCAUCUUGAUUAGUAGAACAUGGUUCUUGAACCUGCCAAUUGCUGAAGAAGACAGAAAGACGAUUGAUCCUAAAAUGAUAGAGAAACAAGAACUUGUAUUAUAUUAAUCGUUGUAAAUCCUAAAAUGAUACAGAAACAAGAACUUGUAUUAUAUUAAUCGUUGUA